AUGUUUCGUCUACAUAGCAAGCACAUAUACGAAAGUCUCUCCAAAACAACUUCGUUUAAGUAUAAAUGCAUGUCCAAUUUUGCAAAAUACGCUGAACAUAAAGAUAUAAGCAAGAUCAGGAAUAUCGGAAUCUCAGCUCACAUUGACUCCGGUAAAACGACCUUAACAGAAAGAAUACUUUAUUAUACUGGACGAAUAGAAGCUAUGCAUGAAGUCAAAGGUAAAGACAACGUAGGAGCUACAAUGGAUUCUAUGGAAUUGGAGAGACAACGUGGUAUCACUAUACAGUCUGCUGCAACUUAUACUAUAUGGAAAGACCAUAAUAUUAAUAUUAUCGACACACCUGGUCAUGUAGAUUUUACUGUUGAAGUCGAAAGAGCUCUACGAGUUUUAGACGGAGCUGUUUUAGUUUUAUGCGCCGUGGGCGGAGUUCAAAGCCAGUCAUUAACAGUAAAUCGUCAAAUGAAGAGAUACAACGUCCCGUGUUUAGCUUUUAUCAACAAAUUAGACAGAUUAGGAGCGAAUCCCAAUCGCGUUUUGUCGCAGAUGAGAUCCAAAAUGAACCAUCACGCAGCCUUUGUGCAACUGCCAAUAGGCGUCGAAUCGAAUUGUAAAGGCAUCAUUGACUUGGUCGCCCAAAAAUCUAUCUACUUCGACGGCUCCUUCGGCGAAGAAUUAAGAUAUGACGACAUUCCAAAAGACAUGAGAACAGAAAGCGACGAAAGGCGGCACGAGCUCAUCGAGCAUCUAUCCAAUUGCGACGAUACUAUCGGGGAAUUAUACUUGGAAGAAAAACCCAUUUCCGAUAGCGACAUCAAGGCAGCCAUACGAAGAUCGUGCCUCAAAAGAGCCUUUACACCUGUAUUUGUAGGGACAGCUCUAAAAAACAAAGGCGUGCAGCCUCUACUUGACGGCGUGCUGGAUUACCUACCUAAUCCCGGAGAAGUCACGAAUUUCGCUUUGAAGGAAAAAGAAGGAGAGGAACCACAAAAAAUUAAUUUAGAUCCAACGAGAAGCGGGGAAAAACCUUUUGUUUCUUUGGCGUUUAAAUUAGAAGCCGGCAGAUUUGGUCAGUUAACUUACAUGAGAUGCUACCAAGGGAUGUUGCGUAAAGGCGAUAGUAUAUUCAACAUGCGAACGCAGAAAAAGGUGAGAAUCGCCCGAUUGAUACGUUUGCACUCCAACAACAUGGAGGACGUGAACGAAGUGUACGCCGGCGACAUAUUCGCCCUGUUCGGCGUCGAUUGCGCCAGUGGUGACACCUUCACCACGGACCUCAAGCUCGAUCUCUCGUUGGAAUCGAUUUUCGUGCCCGAGCCGGUCGUAUCGAUGGCCAUCAAUCCCACCAACCCCAAAGACAGGGACAAUUUCUCGAAAGCCGUGGCCAGAUUCACCAAGGAGGAUCCCACGUUUCGAUUUUUCUUCGACGACGAUAGCAAAGAGACGGUGGUGUCUGGUAUGGGAGAAUUGCAUUUGGAAAUUUACGCUCAAAGGAUGGAGAGGGAAUAUGGUUGUCCAGUAACUUUAGGAAAACCGAAGGUGGCUUUCAGAGAAACAUUAGUGUCUCCGUGUGAGUUCGAUUAUCUCCAUAAGAAGCAAUCGGGAGGUGCCGGUCAAUACGCCAAAGUGAUCGGCGUUCUGGAGCCUUUGCCUGCUAAUAAAAAUACGACGUUGGAAUUUUCGGACGAAACAGUCGGUACGAACGUGCCGAAACAGUUCGUGCCCGGCGUUAAAAGGGGUUAUCUGGCGAUGGCAGAGAAAGGUUUACUCGCCGGUCAGAAGUUGGCCGGUCUCAAAAUGAGAUUGAUAGACGGUGCUCAUCAUAUCGUCGAUUCCAGCGAAUUGGCUUUCUUCCUCGCUGCCCAAGGCGCUAUUAAACAAACGUUCGAGAACGGUUCGUGGCAUAUAUUAGAACCCAUUAUGUCCGUGGAAGUGACGGCGCCCGAGGAGUUCCAAGGCGCCGUCAUCGCCCAAUUGAACAAGAGACAGGGCAUCAUCAACAGCACCGAAGGCACGGAGGGUUGGUUCACGAUCUACGCGGAGGUGCCGUUGAACGAAAUGUUCGGUUACGCCGGCGAAUUGCGGUCGAGCACGCAGGGCAAGGGCGAGUUUACGAUGGAGUACAGCCGGUAUUCGCCCUGCUUGCCCGCCGUGCAGGAGAAACUCAUCGCGGAGUACGAGAAGUCGACGGGCGUUGCGCCGGAGAAGGACAAGAAAAAGAGGAGGAAUUAA